AUGGAAAACCCUAACAACGACGGCGCCGCUUUUCCACCCGUCACCGACACGGCGCAUCUAUCGGAUCCCGCUCCGCCGCCGCCGCCCUGCGGCUUUCCUCAGCCGGUCGAUCCGUCGUCGGCCUUCCCAUCACCCGCCGCUGCCCGGCGGAGUUUGGACAGCAGCCAUAGGCAGUUGAUCCAAUCGAUGGUCGCAAACUUGUCGGAGUCGGACAAGGUCAAACUGAUUAUGAAAGCCGCAUCGCAUCACGCCGUCGUGCGGGAGGAGCUACUUACGAAGGUGGUCAGGGACGAAAGCAGGAAAAUCUGCGUCCACAUCCGGAUCUGUGAGCCCACCACACCGGUUAAGCUGUUUCGUGUGCUUAAGGAAUUCGGGGACAUUGAUGACGCCAUCUUUCAGUGGUGGUUCCAGCCGGAUUACGUCAUUGCUUUGGUCUCGUUUGUUAAUCCUAGUUCGGCAACAUGGGUCCUCGAGACGCCGGCUGAGGAUGUGGAAGACCUUCAGCUCCAAUGGCAUGCCUACACUGCCAAUUGUGCCGCCUGCCGGGCGUUAAUUCACUGCAAGCACUUUGGCUCAUGA